AUGGCAUCCACCACACCCCCUCAGGCUUCAGCCUCACACAAAAACAUCCUCCUCCUGAUCGCAGACGAUCUGGGCCGCAACCUAGGCUGUUACGGCGAAUCCUCAAUCAACACACCUAACAUCGACGAAUUAGCCUCGCAAGGAGUGUUAUUCACCCACGCCUUCACCAGCACCGCCUCAUGCAGCAACAGCCGCUCAGUCAUCUAUACAGGCCUCCACACCCAUCAAAGCGGCCAAUACGGACUCGCCGGUAAAGCGCAUCACUUCGUCAUCUUCGACCACAUCCAAACUGUUCCCGCGCUGUUCAACGCCGCAGGGUACCUAACCGGCCUCAUCGGCAAGAUACACGUGGGUCCAAAAUCAUCUUACCCAUGGACAGUAUGUCAAGAAAGCUCCUCACGCGACGUGGCAUGGGUGGCAGAUGAAGCCGAGAAGUUUUUCGAUCAGGCGAACAAGACGCAAAAGCCCUUUUUUCUAACAGUAGGCUACAUCGAUCCGCAUCGUGACAUGACGCGAUCAGGGUUCGGCAAUGCCGAACAAGCAACAAACCCUAGAGUCCGCUCAGUGCGUUAUGACCGCUCUGAAAUCAAUAUCCCAUCUUACAUCAACGACAUUGACGAGUCCCGCCUCGAGUUCGCGGAGUACUUUGAGUCGAUUAGCCGGUUGGAUCAGGGAGUGGGGUUGAUUUUGGAAAAGCUACGGCUGGCCGGCCGAGAGAAAGACACGCUGGUCGUGUUUUUGAGUGAUAAUGGGCCGCCGUUUCUGAAUUCAAAAACUACGCUUUAUGAUGCCGGUGUGAAUCUUCCUUUUAUUGUUCGGCGACCUGACCAAAGUCAAAAACCUGGUGAGACCACCAUCAGCAACACCAACACCAACACCGCCAAUACCAGCACCACCAGCAAUGACAAAGGAAUCAUCAACCCAAACAUGAUAUCCUACAUCGACAUCCUACCCACACUUCUAGACUGGGCCAACAUCCCCAUCAGUCCCCUAACCACCGCCAACCCACUUCCCAACUUCCCAUCCCACUCUCUAACCGGGCGCUCCAUCCUACCCAUUCUGACAGAAACAAACAUCCUCCCCUCAUCCUCCGGCUGGCCACACCACGUGUUCGGCUCACACACCUUCCACGAAGUCACAAACUACUGGCCCACCCGAUUCCUCCGGACCCGACGCUACAAGUACCACCGAAACGUGGCGUGGCGACUCGAUUUCCCCUUUUCGGCGGACCUGUACGGCUCUUUGACAUGGGAAGGCAUCCGCAACUCAGGGCCGGCCGGCUCGUCUCGAAACAUCACCAUCGGCAAAAGAUUGGCCAAAGACUACUUUUUCCGUCCCCCAGAAGAACUAUACGAUCUUGAAACCGACCCUGAUGAAAUUCACAAUCUGGUCUCUGACGAGUCCUACUGUACUCUUCUCCUGGAGUUCCGGGCCCGGCUGGAACAGUGGCAGCGCGAGACGGGCGAUCCGUGGCUCUACCGCGAUGGCGUGUCGUUGCGGUUCAUCAAGCAUCAUUUAGAUGCUGGCAUGGUCGUCCCUGAUCGGUUCGACUUGGACAUUGACAAUCUACGGAAUCUACCAGAGAAAUCUAAAAGAUAA